GGCUCGUCAGACCGUGAGGAGCUCGGCAGCAGCCGCGCAGACACUCGUGGAUACCUCUCCUCAGUGGCUCGGUUCGGGACAUGACUGGCGACUGUUGAACGCGGACAACUUCCCACAGGCUCAACAAUGACGGUGGACUUUGAGGACUGCGUGAAGGACUCACCCCGUUUCAGGGCGAAUAUAGAUGAGGUGGAAACGGAGGUCGUGGAGAUCGAAGCAAAACUCGACAAGUUGGUGAAGCUAUGCAGCGGCAUGAUAGAAGCUGGGAAGGCAUACGUCAGCGCAAACAAGCUCUUCGUCAACGGCAUCCGCGAUCUUUCCCAGCAGUGCAAGAAGGAUGAGAUGAUCUCGCAAUGUCUGGAAAAAUGUGGAGAAAGUCUCCAGGAAAUCAUCAACUACCAUAUGAUCCUCUUCGAUCAAGCUCAGCGGUGUGUGAAGCAGCAGCUGCACAAUUUUGUCAAAGAGGACGUGCGGAAGUUCAAGGAGACAAAGAAGCACUUUGACCGAGUACGAGAGGAUUUGGAAAUCGCUCAGGUGAAGAACGCUCAGGCUCCCAGGAACAAGCCGCACGAGGUGGAGGAGGCUGUCAGCACGCUCAGCAUCACGCGCAAGUGCUUCCGCCACCUCGCCCUGGACUACGUGCUGCAGAUCAACGUUCUCCAGGCAAAGAAGAAAUUUGAGAUACUUGAUGCGAUGCUGUCCUUCAUGCACGCUCAGUACUCGCUGUUCCAGCAGAGCUACAACCUUCUGGACGAGAUCGACCCCUACAUGAAGAAGCUGGCCGCUGAGCUGGAUCAGCUGGUCAUCGAUUCGGCCAUGGAGAAACGAGAAAUGGAACACAAACAUGCGACUAUUCAACAGAGGACGCUCAUGCAGGACUUCUCCUACGACGACUCCAAGGUGGAGUUCAACGUGGACGCGCCCAACGGUGUGGUGAUGGAGGGCUACUUGUUCAAGAGGGCCAGCAACGCCUUCAAGACCUGGAACAGGCGCUGGUUCUCCAUCCAGAACAGCCAGCUGGUGUACCAGAAGAAGCUCAAGGAUUCUCUGACCGUGGUGGUGGAAGACCUGCGUCUGUGCUCGGUGAAGCCGUGCGAGGACAUCGAGAGGAGGUUCUGCUUCGAGGUGGUCUCCCCAACAAAGAGCUGCAUGCUGCAAGCCGAGUCGGAGAAGCUCCGACAGGCGUGGAUCCAGGCGGUCCAGGCCAGCAUCGCGUCAGCCUACAGGGAGAGUCCCGACUCCUUCUACAUGGAGCACCUGGACCGGACCGCCUCUCCGUCCACCAGCAGCAUUGACUCGGCCAGCGAGACCCGGGAGCGCAGCGCUCGGGGCGAGUCCAUCCUGCAGAGGAUCCAGGGUCUGCCGGGGAACCAGCAGUGCUGCGACUGCGGGCAGGCGGAACCUCGCUGGGCCUCCAUCAACCUGGGCGUGCUGCUGUGCAUCGAGUGCUCGGGCAUCCACAGGAGUCUGGGCGUGCACUGUUCCAAAGUGCGCUCUCUUACGCUGGACUCCUGGGAACCAGAGCUGCUGAAGCUGAUGUGUGAGCUGGGCAACAGCGUCAUCAACCACAUCUACGAAGGCUCCUGCGCCGACCACGGACUGAAGAAGCCGCUGCCCACCAGCUCCAGGCAGGAGAAGGAAGCCUGGAUCAAAGCCAAGUACGUGGAGAAGAAGUUCCUGAAGAAGCUGGGCUCCUCUGAGGUCCUCACCAACGGAGACAGGAAGGCGGAGCACCGGUGGAGAGUGAAGAAGUGUCGGCGGCACAACAGCGCCACCACGGUGUCCAAGGGCAGGAGGCGGUACCGAGCGGAGCCCGGCAGCACCUCGCCCUCCACGCUGUCCUCAGCUGUUGCCAAAUUCCGCAGAGAAUCUCUCUUCUGUCCCGACGAGCUGGACUCGCUCUUCUCCUACUUCGACACCGGCGCCGGACCUCGAAGUGAGUCCCUUCAACUUCAACAGUGGCAGCGAGGCACUGACCCACUUGUCCACUGGGUGGCAGGUCUGAGCAGCGACAGCGGGCUGGGCAGCACAGACGGCAGCACGGACGUCCUGGUGUUCGGGUCGGUGGUGGACAGCGUGACGGAGGAAGACGGCGAGGAGUCCGAGGACUCCAGCGGCGAGGCGGAGCCGGAGACCUCGGACCCGGAGGACCUGCGGGACCUCCACCCGGGGGCGCUGCUGUUCAAAGCGGCCAGAGCUCGGAACCUUCCCGUCAUGGCCGAGGCGCUCGCUCACGGCGCCGACGUCAACCUGGCCAACGAGGACGAGGAAGGGAAGACACCGCUGAUCCAGGCGGUGAUCGGGGGCUCGCUCAUCGCCUGUGAGUUCCUGCUGCAGAACGCCGCCGACGUGGAUCAGCCAGACGCCAGAGGGCGGGGCCCGCUGCAUCACGCCACGCGCCUGGGACACACGGGGCAGGUGUGUCUGUUCCUGAAGCGAGGAGCCACGCAGAACCAUGGCGACCAGGACGGAGAGGAUCCGCUGAGCAUCGCGGUGCAGCAAGCCAACGCCGACAUCGUCACGCUGCUGCGUCUGGCCAGGAUGAACGAGGAGAUGCGGGAGGCGGAGGGUCCGUUCGGGCAGCCAGGCGACGCCACCUACCUGGACAUCUUCCGCGAGUUCUCCCACAUGGCGUCCAACAACCCGGAGAAGCUGAAGCGGCGCAGCGUGCACUUCCGCCACUCCUUCAGGUAGCUCCGGACCCGGGGGGUCCAGGUGGGACCAGCAGGAGCCACGACGGAGAAACACAGGGGGGUUUCCUGGGUCGAAGUGAAGUGUUUGCACCUGUUGAAACUCAGUAUAUUUUUGUAAAGAGUAGCCCAGCGGGACAGCUGGCUGACCGAAGGAAGUGUUGAACAUGAACUUCUGGUCAGAGUUUCUACGAAUUUGCUGUAAAACUUGUUUAGAAAUGAAUCUGUGUUGUGUGGUUUUUUUAACAGCAGAUCUGGUCUUCGAAUAUAUUUAUGACAAUGACGCACAGAAAUAACGGGCGUCACGUCGUUUAAAAAAAAAAGCGCUGUGGUUUCUGAUGGCAAGGCGCCCUCCUGUGGAGAUACUGCAGAAUUGCAGGUUGUUUUGUGACCACGAUUACGAC